AUCGAAGGUUUCUUCAAAUUAGGGUUUAACCCAGAAAAACCAAAAACCAAGGUUUUUCAAAUUCCUCCCAAAAUUUCCCAAAAUUCAGAAUUGCGCCAAAUUAAUAGAAGUAUUUAAUCCAUUUUUCACCAAUUUAUCAAAUGCAAUUGAUUCUCUAUCUUCUACAGUCUAAGAUUUGACAAUGUCUUCUUUCAAUCUGUUCUCUACUCCCCAACAACAACAACAACAAUCUCCAUUUUCAUUCCAAACUCAAUCUCAACCACAAUCGAAUCCAUUCUUGCAACAAACUCAACAACAACAACAACAAUUACAGUUUCAACAACAGCAGCAACAACAGCAACAAUUGCAACAACAACAGCAACAACAAUUGUUUCUGUUUACAAACGAGAAAACUCCAGCAAGUUACAGCACUAAAUGGUCAGAUCUACAUCCUGAUUCCCAGAAAGUACUUUUGCAAAUUGAGGAGAGAGUACUGGAGUAUAGAGAUGAGAGUCAGAGAUUAGAUCAAUGUAGCCGUCUGUUUGAUUCUUCUGUUGCAAAUAAUACUUUUGAGCUCGAUGCUAGCCGUAUUCUUCAGGAGCUCGGCGGAAUCAGUACAUCUGUGGAAAGACAAAAAGCAACUCUGCAGGAGUUGAUGGCUGUUGUAAAGGAAAUGUUAAGGAAUGCGGAGAUUGCCAUUCGUUCUUUUAUGAUGCUUAGACCUAGAUUUCUUCAUCAAAAGUCUGGGACUGCUUCAAAUCUUACCGCUCAAUCUCAAACACCAGGUGCAACAACAGGUCCUGGUAGCGCGGGUCAAGCUGCUGCCAACUCUAUGGUGGCAGUUAUUGAUUUCUACAGUGGGAUUCCAAAAAAACCAUCUCCAUUUAUGCAGCAAACAGUUUCCAGAUUUGAGAAGUACCUUGGGGAAUGCCGCCAAUGGAUUGAAGAAUUAGAACAGCUUCUGCUCUCUGAUUUUGAUCGGAAUUCCAUUAAUUUCAACUCAUCGGUUUUGCAGUCUCUUCCUAAAGUUCUGUCUAAUGUACAUGAGUUUUUUGUGCACGUGGCUGCUAAGGUGGAAAGCAUUCAUCAGUAUAUUGAAUCCAUGAGAACAGCAUACCUGAAUGACCAGCGACGUCGUGGGGAUGCCGGUGAUCCAUUUUUAGAGGCGGACCGGCGUGAAAUAGCCAGACAAGAAGCGGCUGCAAAAAGAGUACACCCAACUUUGCAUUUACCAGCUGCACCUCAACCUACAACUCAGGUUGCUGGGUUGUUUGCUAGCUCAGCGACUCCUGGGGUAGCUAGUAUCGCACCUACUUCUGGAGCACCAACUUCAUCUUCAACUGGAAUGGGGUUUCCAAAUCUCUUAGCUACUUCUGCAAAUACUUCCUCGUCAUCUCUGUUUUCGACUCCUUCCUCGUCAUCCUUGUUUUCAACCCCUUCCUCGGUUGCAGGAUCUAGUCUUUUUACUGCACCUACCGCUUCCCAGUCAUCCCCUUUUUCUUCUUCGACUCCAUCAUUGUUUGCUUCAGCUUCAACACCCUCGUUGUUUGGUGGUAGUACGCCAGCUUCUACGCCUGCUGGGGGCUCUCUCUUCUCGACACCUUUUGGUUCAGGUGCUGCAUUAGGAUCAGGUUCAAGCUUUAAUGCUACUAACAGAGCUAGGCCAAGGUCUCGCACAAGUCGGCGAUAGCACGGAACUUAAUAAUUCAAGAAAUAUCAAAUUAUCAUUCUUCAAUCAUCGCGGGAUCCUGAUGUUCUGAAUUAUCCUCGAGGCCCGAUUGCAGAAAAAUACUGACCAAUUAUUGCAUUUGCAUAUUUAAAUGUGGUUGCUUCUAAUGAUUGAUGAUGUAAAGCCCGUUGAGGAGUAAUUUGUAGAAUAAACACUUCGGUAUUAGGUAUGUCAAUGUAGAUUACGGAAUUACUCUACUCCCUUACUCAAUUGUAGCAAUCUGUUGUACGGGAAGAUGGUCGGUGGAAGUUGGUUGAUUUUGUUGCCAAUUUGUCAAAAUGUUUUGGGGGUAUUCUUGUUUGCUGAUAUUCAUUCAACAUUUGUUGUGUAACGGAUUUAAGUUUUUCAAAUAGCUUUACGACGAGUUUGAAGGUUCUUAGAUGAGCUUGUGAGGCGACUUUCAUGCUUCAAUUGUUGAUAGAGUUGGUUGCAAUUCUAAGGUAACAAUGUGUUUGAUUGUACAACAUGUGUUUUUUGCAAAAACUCGAGUGACCUGACUCGGCGAUCCGAAUUACUAAUACCGUGUAAUCGUGUAUAAUGUAUGUGCCUGAGCAACUGAGCAAGCAAGCCAAUGGCUACAUGGUAAAUUGCCCAAAAAAUGGCAAUAGCAUAGAUAUACAUAUUAUCUAGGUUGAAGUUGAAGAGCAUGUAUACCU